UAAAUAAAUUCACACAUACGACUACUACAUAAUACUUUAGGGGAUUAUUUCAUGUUUUAUUCUAACUUGAAGGUUAAACACUGAAGUUCAUUUCAAAUUUUGCAUGGUACUCAUAUAUUUCUUAAGUAUUCUUAACGACGACUUUUGUAGAAAACAUUUAACAGAUUUAAUUCAAUUAUAAUCAGAAAGUUCCCAGGAUGGCCAAACCUCCUCCAAAACUACAAGCAUCCCGUCUUCAACAAGACUUUGAAUUACGUCGUCUCCUCGGCGAAGGAGCAUUUGGGGCGGUGAUAUAUUGCCGAAAUAAACUUGACGGGAAGGCCUACGCCAUAAAAAUUUCUGGGGAUGUUUUGGAUAAGAGAGAAAUUCAAAAUUUGGUCAAAUUGCCAGCACAUGCAAAUCUUGUUCAGUACCAUACGGCGUGGAAGGAUGCAUUUUCUAGUGGAGAGAUUUCUCAGAUUAAAGCCAAAAUAGGAAUGGCAUCUGGGAGUCAUUUGAGUAUCCCGCCAGGAAGUAGCGCCCUUAACGUGCUCUGCAUCCAAAUGGAACUCUGCGGUCAAGAUCUACGCCAUUGGCUGGGUCAAGCCUCCUCCGUCGAUGAACAAUUAUCCAUCGGAAUCUUCAUCCAAUUACUCCGAGGCCUUAACCACAUCCACACGCACAACCUGAUCCAUCGCGACUUAAAACCCGAAAACAUCUUCUUCGACAAGAAUAAUCCAUCCGUCGUAAAAAUCGGAGAUCUUGGCAUAGCCACGGAUCAUUUCGCCACAAAAGCGGCUCUUUUCCACACGAAGGGUGCCGGGACAAUGUUAUACCUGGCGCCUGAACAAUCUAAUGCAUCAUACAGUAAAUCCGUAGAUAUUUACGCUCUCGGAAUAAUAUUUAUGGAACUGCUUUGCCCCUCGUUACAAGUAGGGGGCGAUUAUCAGAAACUAUUUGGAGCAAUUAGCGAUUUAAAAAGUAGAAAAAUCGUUCCAGACUCGAUUAAAAGAAAGUGGCCCAAGGCGGCCGGGCUAAUCGUGGAAAUGGUGGCGCAUAAUCCGGAUAAGAGACCAAGUUAUGACAGCAUUUACGCCACAUUUGCGACAAGUUCAGGUGGUUCAAGUUCCGGUACAAGAACGCCAUCCGGCGCUUCUGCACCUCGAAAUUCCGCCCCUGUUCCUUCAACCUUCGUUCAAAAUAAGGCGCCAACCCUCGUUCAAAAUAAGGCGCCAACCCUCGUUCAAAAUAAGGCGCCAACCUUCGUCCAAAAUAAGGCGCCAACCGUCAUUCACAGUGGGGUUCGUUGUAAUGGAUGUGGAGUUCAGAAUAUACAAGGGGUUCGAUUCAAAUGCACAAUCUGUGAUGAUUACGACUUGUGCGAAAAGUGCGAAAAAAGGUGCGGACUUCAUCCCGAGGAUCAUAUCCUGCUUAAAAUAAAGACGCCGAAGAGGCGUAUUCCCGCGGCCGCUGUACCAGAUUUUAGCCCCGCUCCCGCCGCAGCAGGAGCUUCUUCCUCAAGGGCAGCGACAUCUUCGUAUCAAAAUCCAUUUCAGCAAAUUACCCAUCAAAACCCAAUUCAGUACGAUAACCAUCAAAACCCAUUUUCGUACCAUAGCGACCCACAUGCUGCACAUUUUAACCUGCUAAAUAUGAACUCUGUUGGACAAACACUUGCCCCAUUUUCGUACCAUAACGACCCACUUUCGGCACAGUUACACCUUUUAAAUUUGAAUUCAGUUGGACAAAGUCAAACUGGGACACUCUAUGAUUUCGACACUAAUUCGGACGACAGUUCUAGCGCGGAAGAAGCUGAGGGCAAUUACGUAAAUGGAGCAAUUUGUAACAACUGUUCAGAAAGCGUGACGACCUGGUACCAGUGUGACGACUGUCCUCGGAGUGCUGCUGGGUACUUUGAUUUAUGUGGGGACUGUCUUCACGAUUCCUACCUGAAACAUCCUCGUCGUCAUAAUUUCACCAAAUUUAAAUGUUAUCAUUAGUAUUUAAUUUGAUUAAUAUUAAUAGAAAAUUUUGUUUCCUAUAACAUUUUUCGAUAUCUGACCUCGAUAUGUGACCUGUUAUUAAGGGGUUAAGCUCAUUAAUAGGAAUACGUUUGUUUGUCUGCGUACACAGUAAGUUGAUAACGAUUUUAGCCGAAUGUAAUGAGAGAUCACAGAGUUUCUUAAUAGGAGUACAGAUGUGUAUACAAUAAUUCCUACAAUUUGAAAGUAUUUAUGCUUAUGACAAUGACAAAUUUAAGCUAAGAAUAAAGCCCAAUUAAAAUAAACAAGGCGUUUCUAAA